UAUUUAAUAAGUUUUGGUUUGUCUUAGUUAAUUAGUUUUCUUUGUCCGCUCCGCUGUUUAGCGUGAACGAUUUAUUAGGUAAUAUCUAUCCACGUGGUUUUGUGGGUUGAGUUUUAAUAUGAGUCUUGCGUGGUGAUGACCGGCGCAUUUGAUCUACAAAAAUCGACUGAACUAGGUACAGAAAUGUUCUUAUCUCUAAUGUUAAAUCUACUGACGAAAACAUAGUACCGAAAUAUUCUUAUCUCUAAAGCUCUUCUUACAACUACCCAAAUAAAGCUUGUCUUACACUACUUCCCAAGAUCGGGUCUUACGACUAUAUGAGAAAAUAUAUUAAAUAAAUUUGCCGCAGGGUGAUUGUGUUAACUUAUAUGGCCAAUAAUUCUAUAGUAGAGCUUCCUUUACAGCUGAUCCCCAAGAACAUCUUAAUAAUGGACUUAAGAAAUAAUCUAUUAUCAUCCCUCGAUGACGAUGUUGUUGAAUUUCUCAGGAAUCGAAAAAACGUCACUCUGGUGCACCUGUCAGGAAAUCCUUGGGAAUGCAAUUGUAAGGCAUUGUCUUUUUUAUCCUUUCUUCUAGAACACGAGCCAUUAGAGUACGAAAGAGUCCUAGAAUUUAGCAACAUCACCACUGGAAAAUGUCCAGAAUCGUGUAUUUGCUGUGAGGAAAAAUCACUCCCAGAUCCUUUCGUUAUUGACUGCAGUGGAAGAGGCCUAAAGGAUAUUCCCCCAUUACCAUUGCCGAAUGUGGGCCUUACAACUCUAUUUUUCAACGAUAAUGAACUCGAAAUGCUGCCGAACAUAUCGCAUCCAGGUAUCGAAAAUGUGGCACGUCUUUUCUUGGACAACAAUAAGCUUAAUUUCAUCGAGCAAUUACCUAAAAAACUCACCUAUCUAGACCUAAGUCACAACAAUAUUUCCAUUCUGAAAGAAGAUAUACGUAACUUUCUAGUUGAACGAAUACGCUCUUCGCAAAUGAUGGUUCGUCUCUCAGGAAACCCAUGGUCCUGCACUUGUGAAGAGAGAGACUUCUUGAAAUUUGUCAAGGGACAUGGCAGAAAUAUUAUCGAUUCUGCCGUGAUGAUUUGCGAAGAAUCAGGAUAUCCCCUUCUUGAAGUAGAAGAAAGUGACAUUUGUCCUUCGGCUCUAAUUUAUUAUGCAUCUUUUACCGCCUCCUUCAUGAUGAUUAUUUUGGGUAUUAACCUUUUGGUCAUCUUUAGGCAGCCCAUUUUGAUCUGGUUCUACGAACACGAAAUUUGCCUCAGUAUGGCUGCUCGGCAGGAGCUUGAUUUGGGGAAAAAAUUCGAUGCCUUCCUGUCCUUUACCCACAAGGACGAGAACCUUGUUGAGGAGUUUGUGGAGCGUCUGGAAAACAGGAGCCAUAAGUUCAGGUUGUGUUUCUAUCUCCGAGACUGGCUGGUGGGUGAGUCGAUUCCCGAGUGCAUUAACAGAUCUGUAAAGGACUCCAGGCGUAUCAUUAUCCUGAUGACAAACAACUUUCUGAAGUCCACCUGGGGUCGCCUCGAAUUCCGAUUGGCCCUGCACGCCUCGAAACAGGAUCGCUGCAAGCGGCUGAUCGUUGUCCUCUAUCCGGAUGUGGAGAACUUUGAUGACCUAGACAGCGAACUGAGGGCAUAUAUGGUGCUGAAUACCUAUCUGGCCAGGGAUUGUCCAAAUUUCUGGAACAAGCUCAUCUACUCAAUGCCCCACGAGAAGUUGAGGAGGCAGGUGCUGCAUACAAUACAAGAGCAAAGGCUAUAAAAAAAAUUUACAAUAUAUUAAAUUUAAGCAAUAGUUUCUACAUAGAACACAUAGUGUAAGAACACAUACCAAUAUGUUUUAUAUUUUGGAA